AUGGACUUCCCAUCACCUAGCUUUGACGAGUCUCGACCAGCUACAAGCACUCGUCAGGCAGGUCAGCACAUCGACGAACCGCGCUCGAGCACCUCAUCGAGCCACCAGAAUCAGCCAGGCUUGCCGCUACAGAGCAGCAGCGGAGCGAUCAGCGCGAACGCAGGGCCGAACUUGUAUACGCCGCAUUCGUCCGGUGGAACGGCGGGCAAUGGCAGGCACGCGCAUCUUGGCGACCCAGAAUACAGAGAGUCGCCAACGAUGGUAAGCUCGACGAGCGGCCUUCGCUCAGAUUCGCGGUCCAUGUCUGGCUCGACAGCAGCGCAGUCUGUAUUCGGCCAAGCGGUGACGAAUGCGGAUGCUGCUCGGUUAGACAGUCAAGCCACUGCCAGCGUGCGAAGACCCAGCAGUACAGUCGACACGCUCGUGAGCGGGCCUACACCUCUAUCUGGACUCAACAUAUCCAAUGGUAGCGGCUCGCUCGGUCCGUCACCACUCAGCGCGUCUGCGGCCACCUUUACCGGCAAUGCGAAAGCUGGCAUGCCAAUUGCACCUGGCGCGCCAGGCAUUGAUGGCCCCGUCUUUGAUGAAGCCAUAUUACGCACUUUGUGCGGUCUAGACUGCGGUCUGCCGCUUAUGCUCGAUAGGCUCAAGCAAAGUCUGGGCUCUUGCAAGGAAACCUCGACAUUCCUACGAAAACGAGCGCUCAUCGAAGAGGACUACGCGCGGCAAUUGAUCAAGCUUUCGCGUGGCACAGCUGAAGCCUACUCGACCUCUGAAGGCAAAGCCGGGACCUUUGUAUCUUCCUUUCAAAGCUUGCUGCGAACACAUGAAUUACUGGGCGACAACCGGCUAAGGUUCGCGCAGCAGCUUACUGAGAUGGGAGGUCAUCUCCUUGACAUCUCUAAAGAAGUCGAACGCAACCGCAAAGAGGCGAAGGAUCUUGGUGGUCGGCUCGAGCGUGGUCUGCUGGACAUAGAAGGCUCGACCGAUAAGGCACGGCAAAGAUUCGACUAUGCAGCUGAGGAUUUAGAAAAGUUCUUGGUAGCGAAAGCGGGCGAAUCGACCAAGGAUGUCAAUGCUGUCGCACAUUUGGGCGCCGCGUCUGGGCCUGGCGGCAAACGGGCAUUUGGGAAAGCCAUCAGCAAAUUUGGGGCAAAGAAGAACCCUCAGCAAAUGCAGAGACAAGAAGAGGAAGCACGGUCACGCAUGUCUGUUGCUAGUGACGCAUAUCGCAAGGAGGUCCUUUCGGCGCAGCAAGCGCGACAAGACUAUUUUGGUCUUCAGCUGCCUCGCGUACUUCGAAGUCUGAAGGAGUCAGCAGACGAGGUCGAUACAGGCCUGCAGUAUCACAUAGCGCGCUAUGCCGCUCUCUUCGAGGCUCUACUCGUCAAUGAUGGACUUACGAUCUCGCCGGCGCAGCCUGAAGAAGGACCUGGUCUUCGCGGCAUCGCAGAGGCGAUAGAUAACGGCUAUGACUUCAAGACGUACCUGCAGAAUUACGCCAGCGGCUACGCGCAAGCGGGCCACAAGGGACUGCGGCGCGAUGAGCUAGACGACGAAAGCUUCGCUAUGGUCGGUUCAUCACCGCAGCCUAGGCAACAAAGGCAGGAGUCGGUAGCCGAGCCGCCGAGUACAGCUGUCUUUGGCGUCGAUCUGAGUGACCAGAUGAUCAGAGAUGGCGUAGAGGUGCCUCGCGUGCUGCAGAAAUGUGCAGAGGUCAUAGAGGCUUAUGGCCUGCAAUUGACGGGCAUAUAUCGACUCUCCGGCACGACUUCGCGUAUCAAGGCGCUCAAAGGAAAGCUUGACAAAGAUGUUGAGACUGUCGACCUCACUUCUGAAGAGAACCUCACGGACAUCAACGAUAUCACUGGCGUACUGAAGCUUUGGUUCAGAGAACUACCGGAUCCGCUGCUGACUUUCGACCUAUAUCAUGGCUUCAUGGAAGCAGCGAAAAUCGAGAACGACCGGCUGCGGCAUAUUCGACUGCACGAACGGGUCAAUGACUUGCCCGAUGCACACUACGCGACACUCAAAUUCCUCAUGGGCCAUCUUCACAAAGUACAAGCAUAUGCCUCUGUCAACUCUAUGUCUCGCUCGAAUCUAGCCAUUGUAUUCGGGCCGACACUGUUCCGGCCACCGCCAGGCGAAGAAGGCAGAGCGUUGCAGGAUGCGUCGGUGCAAUGCAAAGCCAUCGAAGAGAUCCUGUUCCACUACGAGGCGAUCUUUGUCGACCUGGACAACGAUGCCUGA